UGAAUCAGACCGAGCGUUUCACUGACUCAUUUAUUAAACCAAGAUCUGUAGGGACCACGUGCCGAUGUAAAUGAAUCACUUAAUUGGUUUGAAGAGAGAAUUGCUCGAGAAUACUGGUUGUGAGCUCAAGGCAGGCAAGGAAGUCAAUUUUAAUCCAGAGGAUGAUGAUGAUUAUGAUCAUCAGUUAUCAGUCAGAAUGGCCUGUGUUGAUCCCACAACAAAAGACGAACUGAACAUUGUGGAGAUCGAAGGGCAAGAUUCAGAGGGUCAGACGGUCAAAGCAGUUCUGGCCACACUCAGGCCUUCCACUCUCCCCAGCGUGUGUUUGGGUGGGUUUGAGAUCACUCCACCUGUUGUGUUCCGCCUACGCUCUGGUUCCGGUCCAGUUCACAUUAGUGGACAGCAUCUCGUCAUCAUGGGAGGAGACCAGUCCUUUGAUGAAGAAGAGGAGGAGGAGGAGGAGGAAGAAGAGGAGACAUUGACAACGGCUAAGAAGAGGCCAGCAUCGGUGACUCAGAAGCCUUCAAAAAAAAUGAAGUUGGAUGAAGAGGAGGAUGAUGAGGAUGAAGAUGAUGAUGAUGAGGAGGAUGAUGAUGAGGAGGAAAGUGAAGAAGAGUCUCCUGUAAAGGUGAAAUGA